AUGGCAUUUCGCAAGCGCAACGUAGCCUUGUCACGCGCCUCGGCAGUAGAUGACGUGUCUAAUGAACCGUCAUCUCCUUCAAUGGCGCCUCCAGCGCUGACACCCACAGGCAUCCGCCCUUCACCCAUUGAUGGCCGACCUACUACCUCAACUGGCACACCCUCGCUAGACGGUGUGCUAGCUGGACACGCUGGCUUGGCUCUCGGACAUUCGAUAUUGAUAGCUGAGAGCGGUACGACCGACUAUGCAGGCGCAUUACUGCGGUUCUAUGCCGCGGAAGGAGUAGUUCAGGGCCACAGAGUGCAUGUAGUAGGCAUGGGCGAGGUUUGGGGAAGAGAAUUGCCAGGCAUAUCAGAGGAAAAGUACGAUAAGAGGAAAGAAGGGAAGGAGAGGGCGGAGAAGAUGAAGAUUGCCUGGAGAUAUGAAGGGUUGGGGCAGUUCGAGAGUGCUAGAGCAAGCCAGGGGGAUGGAACGAAAGAAGAAAAGACGGUGUUUUGCCACAAAUUCGAUCUUGCAAAGCGCCUUACGCUCCCGGUAGGAACCGCGAUCAACUAUAUCGCUAUACCCACAGGAGCCUCCAUGUCACCCUUUCCCCCGAUAUUGCAGAGCGUCCGACAGCAACUAGAGUCGACACCAUCACAUAUCAUUCACCGCGUCGUGAUACCGUCUCUCCUCUCGCCAGCGCUGUAUCCUCCUCGAUCGACGCAUCCAACAGCUGUGCUCCAAUUCCUUCACGCUCUGCGCGCGCUACUCCGACAGUAUUCGACGAGAUUGACUGCGAUGAUGACGCUCCCUCUGACACUAUAUCCACGCUCCACCGGUCUUGUGCGAUGGAUGGAGAUUCUGUCUGAUGGUGUAUUCGAGCUGUCUCCGUUCCCAUAUUCGCGUAUACAGGCGCUCGCCCAAUCGGCAGGUACGACGAAGGACGAGGAAAGACCACAGGGUAUGCUUGCAGUGCACAAGCUACCGGUAUUCAACGAGAAGGGUGGCGGUGGCGGUGCGGAGGAUCUAGGCGAGGACAUGGCAUUUACGCUGAGCCGGCGCAAAUUCGUCAUUGCAAAGUUCAGCUUACCACCAAUGGAGGGCGAUACCGAGGCACAGGAGGAGGCAGUGAGAGAGGCAGCCGGUGCUAGUGCAAUGCCAAAGAAGCAGGAUCUAGAUUUCUAGAACACUUGGGUCGCGCUGUGAUGUGUGGAAGAUACAACAUGGCCAACGCAGCCCAUGCUUCUUUCUGCACCAGCCAAACUUUUCAAUCCGAAUCGCUAUCUUCCCCUAGCAUGUCUUCCAUCUCAAUCUGCUCCCACCCCGCGCUACCAGCUCCCGAACCAAAGCCUCGUGUGUAGUUGCGGCCGAAAGAUGCGUUUCGAGGAUUGAAGGUGACACCGGCCACUCUGGCACGAAAGCCAUCGCCCAUGCAUGACGAUGCAGCGAGGAAUGCGAAGAAGAAAAAUAAUGGGAUGAAGAACAGCAAGCUGAGAAGCAGAAACACAUUCAUUGCGAGAUGAUGAUGAUGAUGAUGAUGCACAAGGCUGAAAGUGCGCGCCGAAGUGUUUCAGACCCUGAGUUAUGACAUAGUGUCGGCGGCUAGACAGUUGUUGGUCCGAUCCCCUGGCCCUCAACACCACCAUCCAGCGCAAUCAUUACACUUUUCCUCUCAA